GACUAGCGCGGAUCUCGCGAGACUUCCUGCGGCCAUAUAUACGUGUGGCGAGCCCGCGUCCUUUCCCUGGCGUGAUUCCGUCCUGCGUGUCUGUUCUGCGGAGCAGUGGGCAGUUCCCUCCGUCCGACUUCUCUCACACCGAAGUGCGCGCCUCCACCUCAUGGAAGACUCGAUGGACAUGGACAUGAGCCCUCUCAGGCCUCAGAACUACCUUUUCGGUUGUGAACUAAAAGCUGACAAGGAUUAUCACUUUAAGGUGGAUAAUGAUGAGAAUGAGCACCAGUUAUCACUAAGAACGGUUAGUUUAGGGGCAGGGGCAAAAGACGAAUUGCACAUCGUAGAGGCAGAAGCAAUGAACUAUGAAGGCAGUCCAAUUAAAGUAACACUGGCAACUUUGAAAAUGUCUGUACAACCAACAGUUUCUCUUGGGGGCUUUGAAAUUACACCACCUGUGGUCUUAAGGUUGAAGUGUGGUUCAGGGCCUGUGCACAUCAGUGGACAGCACCUAGUAGCUGUAGAGGAAGAUGCAGAGUCAGAAGAUGAAGAUGAGGAGGAUGUAAAACUUUUAAGUAUGUCUGGAAAACGAUCUGCUCCUGGAGGUGGUAACAAGGUUCCACAGAAAAAAGUAAAACUUGACGAGGAUGAUGAGGAUGACGACGAAGAUGAUGAGGAUGAUGAAGAUGAUGAUGAUGAUGAUUUUGAUGAUGAGGAAGCUGAAGAAAAAGUUCCAGUGAAGAAAUCUGUACGAGAUACCCCAGCCAAAAAUGCACAAAAAUCAAACCAAAAUGGAAAAGACUUAAAACCAUCAACACCAAGAUCAAAGGGUCAAGAGUCUUUCAAAAAACAGGAAAAGACUCCUAAAACACCAAAAGGACCUAGUUCUGUAGAAGACAUUAAGGCAAAAAUGCAAGCAAGUAUAGAAAAAGGUGGUUCUCUUCCCAAAGUGGAAGCCAAGUUCAUUAAUUAUGUGAAGAAUUGCUUCCGGAUGACUGACCAGGAGGCUAUUCAAGAUCUCUGGCAGUGGAGGAAGUCUCUUUAAGAAAAUGGUUUAAACAGUUUGAAAUAAUUCCGUCUUACUUAAUUUCUGUAACAGUUGAUAUAUCUGGCUGUCCUUUUUAUAAUGCAAAGUGAGAACUUUCCCUACUGUGUUUGAUAAAUGUUGUCCAGGUUCCAUUGCCAAGAAUGUGUUGUCUAAAAUGCCUGUUUAGUUUUCAAGGAUGGAACUCCACCCUUUACUUGGUUUUAAGUAUGUAUGGAAUGUUAUGAUAGGACAUAGUAAUAGUGGUGGUCAGAUGUGGAAAUGGUAGGGAGACAAAUAUACAUGUGAAAUAAACUCAGUAUUUUAAUAAAGUA